AUGUUCGUCAGCAACCAGACCCAGCAAACCGACGACGACAAACCGUACGUCUAUGGCGACGGACGUAUCGACCCGAGCCAAGUCGUAGUCGCGCGUUUCUCACCAGCAGACCUCGACGAGCUCCGCAAACGCUUCACAAACUUCCCGUUUACGACCCUCGCGGGCGAGCUCCGCAAUGCAAUCUAUGACGCCAUUCUAGACGAAUACUGCGACCCCAUCACGGCGGGCACCAACCCAGAUAUUCGCCCGCGCUUGAACCCACCAGACAUCCUCCAUAUUUCACACGAGAUCCGCAAGGAGACGUUUCCACUCUUCAUCGGCAAGAUGGUCUGGCACAUGCAGCUUUUCGAUGAGGACGAUAUGUUCAAGAUCCGCGAGUGGCUUUCCGGUGCCAUCACCCCCAAGGGCGUUCAUGGGCUUCGUAAGGUCAAGGUCUUUCUUAAGUCGCCGGCGCCGCGGGGCUGGGUCUCGGUGCCGAUGAACCCACCGGUGGCGGGUCAGGGGAUGCCAGUCCCAGAUUAUCCUACGCUGCCUUUCGUUAUUGACUUUAGGAAGAGAGGAAGUACCGUCUUUUGCGGGACUAUGGAGCCUAACUUGGAAGAAUUUGUUGCGAGGGUGCUGGCCGCCAUUGAGAAGGUCAUGAAGGAUGUGAGAGAGCUUGGAGUUGAGGGGAAGUUGACUGUCGACAAUGUUACUGACGCCUUCUUGAAUAUCCUCCACUCCUUUGAUCAUGGUCAUUAA